UACUCGCACCCUUCAUAGUUGAUAUUUAGAAAUAUACUAACAUUUUAAAAUUAUUUUUGGUUGUUGAGUAAAAGCAUUUUGUUUCCAAUUAUCAUAUAAGCUUUGACAAUAAGAUGGUGAAUAACGAACAACUUUUUGUAAAAAUGUAUAUAUAUAGUGAUGGUUGGAAAAAACGUGACAUGGUACAUCAUUACCAGUUUUACCUUUGCAAUGGAAUUUACAGCUUCUAAAAGUGUGGAUGUUCAAGAAGAAGAACCAAGUACUCAACACUGGAAAGAAGAACUGCUUAUGUUAAGAAAUCGUAUUCUGGAGGUUGAAGGCAGGUGUAAAAUGUUACUUACAGAAAAUGAGCAUCUGGAAGCAAUGGUCCACAAAUUUCAAACUGAAUAUGACAUAGACACAUCUUUUUUGAGAACUCAAAUUCAAAAUGAGCGGGAUAGACAUAUUCAAUGGAAAGAUCUUUAUUUUAAAAUACGUGCAGAACUAGUUAAUUUAAAAAAACAAAACAGAGUGAAGAAUAAUACCAGUAAUAUGGAAUUUAUGUGGAUGCACCCAUCUCACCAAUUGAAAAAUGAAUGUAAGGAAUGUAGCGAAGAAAGAGAACGAACCUCGUCACAAAGUGGAAUGCAAUUAUCAGAAAGAGAGCAAACCUCAUCACAAAGUGGGAUACGAUUAUCGGAAAAAGAUGGAUCUUUGACUAGACCACCUUCUACAUCACAAGUUUUUCUUAUGGAAUCAUUAAAAGAUGCUAUAGUUGAUACAUCUGCAAAUAAAUCACAUAUAUGUAAUCGGACUACUUCAUCAAGUGAUUUUAAAGAUCCUUCGAGAUCUUCGAUUAUUCAUUUCAGCAAAGUACAUAAACCCAAUGAGCUCAAAAUGGAAUCUAGGAUCAAAUCAACUUUUGCGCAUUCUCAAAAGCCAUAUCUUCAAAAGUCAUUAAAUUCUGAAUAUGGUGGAAAUCUCAGUCAGGAAACUCCAAACUUACCGUUUAAACCGUUGCCUGAUUGUUUUAAGUGUUACAUAUGUGGCAUAUAUUCAGAUUCAGAACAACAAUUGCGUUAUCAUAUGGAACAACAUAAUGAGCGCACAUUUCCCCUCUCAAUGAACAUCGUUGAAAACAUAAAUCAAGAAAGUUUUACGUGCUCAGAAUGUAUGAAGGAGUGUCAGAAUGAAGAUGAUUAUAAAAACCAUCUUCUUAUACAUAUGUUUAAAUGUAAAAUAUGCUCUCAAACUUUCGAUAAUGAUGUGACUUUUCUCAAUCAUGUUAAGACUCAUGGAGAGCCGAUAGACACGCCUUAUAUUUGUUUUAUAUGUGGGAAGCAAUUUUCGCAUGUUGCUAAUUUAUCUAAUCACUUACUUUAUCAUCCUGACGAAAAAAGCUACGCGUGUGAAGAAUGCAGCAAAAAAUACUCUAAAAAAAGUCAUCUUACUCGACACAUGUCUGUUCAUAAUAAAUGUAGACCCUAUUUAUGUUUGGUUUGUGGGAAAGGUUUUGCUUAUCGUACACAUUUACGCCGUCAUGAAAUUGUUCAUUCUGAAGCUCGACCUCAUCAGUGUAGUGUUUGUCAGCAAUCUUUUAGCCGAAAAUCGAGUUUAUCACGUCAUUAUUUUAUACAUACCACUGAGAAGCCAUUUGUUUGUCCAGUCUGUCAAAAGGGAUUUAAUAGGAAGGGACGUCUACGUAAUCACAUUAAAAUACAUAUUAGAAAAGGCCACACUCAGUUAAAUGACUAUGUCAUAGAAAGGCGACCUAUAACUAAAGAAUUUAUUGAGAGUGUUAAUAACAUAGACAAUUUAAAACCCUCUGUGGAAUCACCGAAUCUAUAUCCUGGCGUUAUUCAAUCUAAAGAUACAAUUUCAUACCAACCCGAGUCUUUAAAUUUAAAAGAAAUUUCCAAAGAUGAAAUUAUCGAUUCAUCUAGUUCUGAUACAGAGAACGAUAGGGAAAGUGAAUUAAGCGAAGAAAUGGCGUUUCCUGGUCCUUCAAAAAACUACACAGAAAGCGUUAAGCCCUCUUAAACACCAUGUGUUGAAAUUUUGUCGGUUCCAAUUUGAAGAUUGAUACUUGCGUAUUGUGUACAAUUAAUUAGAUGGUUUGCGUGAUACCUCAGAGUUUGCAUGUACGCAAUGUUAAGUUGGCAUCGAUGCAGUAAUAAUAAUACAUUCUUAUGUAAGUUUCCGAUACGUUCUUGUAAUUUUUCUAUAGUUGUUAUGCGAAGCGUUCAUCCUCUUAAAGCUAUGUUGUUUAAAAAUAUAAUUUUAUUAGUGUAA